AACGCAUCUAUGCAGCUGUUAUUGACGUUUGUCACUGUCACUACCUCAGUUGUCAUGUCAACAAAGUGGUUUAAAUCGAUAAAUACGAGAAAAAAAACUAAAUUUGAUUAUGAUAUAAUAAAAAGUGCAUGUUACUUAAUAAAUUUUAUCGCAAUGCGGCAUGUUUUUAAGAAAAAAGUCUUAUACGCUGGUGUGGUGGUUAUAGUUUUGAUUAUAUUCCUGCAUCCAGACAUGUGUGGUCAUCGGACGUACGAAUAUAUAGAAAAGGAUGAUAUAUUAGAUAAUUUGUAUUACGGGACAGCUGAGAAUUUUAGUAGUAAUGCGUUAAGUGACUGCGAGUACCGUGAUAUAGUGUUUGACGAAACAACGUUGUCGCCGGGUAUUAAAGAUGGGGAUUUGGUCGAGGGUCAUAGGAUAAAGGAUGGAGGGGAGUACGCGCCGCUUGAGUGCAAACCUAAGUUCAGUACAGCGAUCGUGGUACCUUAUAGAGACAGAGCUGAACAGUUGCGAGGAUUCCUCAUCUACAUGCACAUGUUUCUGAGACGUCAGCUGAUCCACUACCGCAUCUUUGUGAUAGAACAGGUGGACUCUCGGCCCUUCAACCGAGCGAAGCUGAUGAACGUAGGCGCGGUGAUCGCCGCCCGCGCUGGCUUCCCUUGUCUCGUUUUACAAGACGUCGACUUAUUACCACUGCGGCCUGCUAAUAUUUAUGCCUGUACGAAGAACCCCAGGCAUCUGUCGUCGAGUAUUGACAAGUUUAGAUUCGUCCUACCAUACCUGGACCUUUUCGGCGGCGCCAUAGCGAUAACAACCAAACAGUACUUGGACAUAAACGGCAUGAGCAAUGAGUACUACGGCUGGGGCGGGGAGGACGAUGACCUCUACAUACGUCUGGAGGCGCACGGGCUGACACGGUGCCGGUUCGAACCCGGGACCAGUCGGUACCACAUGCUGACCCACCGCCACGAGCCCCGGACUAAUACGCAUAAGGUAACCAAGUUAUUAAAAAACGCAAAAGACAGACUUAAAGAGGAUGGGCUGAACUCCCUGCAGUACACAGAAGUGGCAACAGUACUCCAUCCUCUAUUUACUCAUAUCAUGGUUGAUCUUUAGCAUAUCUCUUACAAAUAGUAUUUUAGACACCUCACUGCUUUGGUUAAUAGUACUCAAGUAGUAAGACUAGAGGUAACAAGCAAAGGUUUAUUGAUUAUUAUUAGAUGUGUAAAAUCUAAGACAAAUAUAAUCGUCGGGUGACAAGCAAAAGUCACUAACUAACACCAUUGAAAUUAUUGGACAAUGAACCGUGUUACAAGUGUAAUAAAGUGCAUUGUUACUUUAAUUUUUUCAUAGUACUUAGUGACUUUUGCUUGUCACCCGGCGCAUAUUAGGAGCUUCGAAUUUUGCAGCUUCGGUUUCAGGCUUCAUACAUUGUGCAUUCUUGUUGUCAAUAUUUGACGUGUGAUAUUUCAGUAACCACAAAAAAUGCCUCCUUAUUAGUGUCAACUAGUACGGCUGUCAAACAUAAGGGCACAUUUUUUUCUUAGACUUAACACUUCUACAAUCAAUAACGCUUUGAUAACCAGUAAUUAAUUAGGCCUGGUACAUAACUCAAAAAUAAGUUCCUUAUUAAUGUUGUUAGUCUUAGAGUCUUAAGUUUUACAUAGCACUCAGAUCUCCGGCUUAAAUAGUACUAUUCCAUAAAGAUCUAAAAAAAAAAACAAGAAAGAAACGUGAUUCGGUACGGCCAAAGAAGUACAAUCUUUUUAUCUAUGGAAUUACGUCAUCGGUCGAUCAGACCUGCUAGCAUGUGAGUUGCGAUCUCACGCGCGAGUCCAUACAUCAAAUAGCGCGACUUCAAGUAUGGACUCGCGCGCGAGAACGCAAUCAUGUUAGACCGUCAGACUUGAGCCAAUAGUUUUUUUUUAGAUCCUAAUGGUCUGUAAAAUAGUUUUAAAACAUAAGGGUUUGAGAAAAAAGUUAUAUUAUUUGCUGCUGCGAAUAAAAUGCUUCAUAGAAACAUAGUGAUCCAGUUGUAAAAAAUAUGCCUUAACAGUACAAUAAUAUUAACUUAAAUAAGUCAAUUUGUUAAAUUAUUGAUAGGUAUCAAGUUAUCAUUCCUAGUACAUUUAAGAGUAUCUUUAAAUUAGGUUAGCUACUAAAAUUACUAGAUUUAUCACAACUAAUUUUAAUGUCACAAAUGUAUGUACAUGAACCAUUUUAAUGCUCUGUGAACCUAUCAUGUUGGCAUGUGAGUGAUCUUUUAAAAAUAAUGAAUUAUGAAUAGUGGUGAACGGGUUAAGUCAGACACCUUGUUUUGUGUUUAAUAAAUAUUGUUACACAAACUUAGUUGCAUAUGUUUUACAAGACUAGUUUUAAUGUACAUAAAUGGGGAACCUGUAAUUAAGUUAAUUGAUUCCAUUAUGUUACAUAUGGUAAAAAUGGAAGGACCUGUAAUUAGUCUCAAGUUAAUAACUAAUUUGCACGAAGUUAUGAAACUUUGUACAUUUUAUGUUAUACUUCUUCUAGCCUCGUGCCGCCCAAUGUGCAUUAGGAUGUACAUUCCGAUUCGAUUGAAUGUCAACCUUAAUAAUGAAAAAAAUAGGUAGCAUUUCAUUUGUCUCGUAAACUUUUCGAACAAAUGAAAUUCAACUUAAUUGAGAAUACAACAAGAUUCUAAAUUCCUUGGCUAUAAUUUUAUAUGGUGGGCGGCACGAGGCUAGAGUCGCGCCAGGCCAAAAAAAAAUUUAGUCAUGUCAUAUAAAUCUGGCCUAGGAACGCAAUCAUAAAAUACUUGAUAGUCGGGUUUUCGGCUGAAUGUACUAGGUGGUAAGUAGAAAAGUUCCUUUUUUAAUUUUUAGGGUUCCGUACCCAAAGGGUAAAACGGGACCCUAUUACUAAGACUUCGCUGUCCUUCCGUCCGUCCGUCCGUCCGUCUGUCACCAGGCUGUAUCUCACGAACCGUGAUAGCUAGACAGUUGAAAUUUUCACAGAUGAUGUAUUUCUGUUGCCGCUAUAACAACAAAUACUAAAAACAGAAUAAAGUAAGAUUUAAAUGGGGCUCCCAUACAACAAACGUGAUUUUUGACCAAAGUUAAGCAACGUCGGGAGUGGUCAGUACUUGGAUGGGUGACCGUUUUUUUUUUGUUUUUUUUUUGCAUUAUGGUACGGAACCCUUCGUGCGCGAGUCCGACUCGCACUUGCCCGGUUUUUCUAUAGCAUUUAAUCCUGGAAAUGUUUCAGUAUUUUUUUAGAGGUUUAAUUUGGUUAAUAUCGGUUUUUAUAGAAUUUUUUUUUCUAUAAUCGACUAUUUCGAUAAAACUUCGAUCAAUCGGUUUUCGUUUUUUUCGCUUCGAGUAAUCUUUGAAUAUCGCGAUGUUACUAUAAAUUUUUGAACGUGCACAUCUCUUAGCAGUGGGUAUAGGUAAGUACGUGUUCAUUAAGUACAUAUGUACGAGUAGGUACCUAACUACCUACGUUCUUAAGAUGAUUAGUACUUUUACUACUUGCAUAUCAUAGUUAUAUGGUAUAUUGUUAUGUAUUUGAAACGAUAUGUAUUCGGUAUUUUAUUAUGUGUGGACGUAAUUCGAUAAUGAUAUUGAUGGGACGUGACAUGGCUGCUAUGUUAUGGCUAUAAUAUAUGGCUAUUUAAACUAUUUCAUAUGAAAUAAUGAAUGCAUAUUAUUGAUUAUGAUUAAGGUGUUCUUCACAUUAGAUACGGAUUCUCACGCCGCUCCGGUGUGCGAGCGGGACACUGUUAUAUACGCACAUAGCGCUGUCACGUUUAUACACAAAAGCGAUGUGCGAAUUCGGAUCAGUGUGAUUGAUGUAAUUUAUACCGGCCAAAAGAAUUGGCCAACACUUGGAACAGGACAAAUUGUCGUUUAUUUUUUUGAGCUACGUCCGUUAAGUGGAAAAUGUACAGUCAGCAGCAGAAGUUGCUAAGCGGGCGAGGUGUUCUAAAUUACCUGGACACGCUCUUAUUCUCUUAACAAUAAAGUCAAGAUCAUUUUGAACACCUGGCCCGCUUAGCAACUUCUGCUGCUGACUGUAUGAACCCGCAAUAAAAACCAAUUAAUGUGUAAACAGGCCCGAAUGUGUGAAGGCCAGCCACACAUAUCCCGCAGUCACAUUUAAAUCCUUAUUGACCUUAUCAAUCUUUAGUAUUAUCAAGUGUUGGCCAAAUGUUUUGGCUACUAACGUACUUAAGGGGAAUUGAGUUUGGUGAUUAAAUUGUGAUUUUGAAUAGAAAUCUCGGUAAUCAUAUGGGGUAUCUAUGAAAAGGGACCUUAUUCUCGAUGGCGCUUACGCCGCACAGCGUCGCGCGGCGCGGCGUUGUAUUUAUAUCGGAUUUGUUAAUAAUGGCGUAAGCGCCAUCGACAAUAAGGUCCCUUUUCAUAGAUACCAUCACAUAUAAAUAAAUAAGGAUACUUACUGUUAAGAUUUUAGCGUUAUUUGUUACUAUUAUCUAAUAUAAAAAUGCUUUAAAUCCUACUACUUAAAUAUAGGUAAUUAAAAAUGUCAGUGCUUGAGAUGAAUUGUCGAACCGCUCCUUAUCGGCAUUAUUAGUAGGUACAUACACUUAAGAGUAAUGAAAAUUGGUCAUUUUGUAUGGUAGGUAACUUAGUGUUCAUGUUUCUGGUUAUGUUGAAGGUGUACUUUAGGCAUCUAACGCGUCUUGUAAAUUAUUAUAAAAUUCAUACGAUAGAUAUGUACUUACAGGAAUUAAGGGCUUGAUGAAAAACAAAAUAAGACCACCAUCUACUACUAGGCAGGUAUAGUUUGGCAAGCCAUCUCCUGCAGUAGAAAAAGGCGGCAAUUUAAAAAAAAGUAGAAAGGUUGUCCUCCCAUAGAAAAUUUGAAUUUCUACUGACAAAGUGGGUUUGCCAGAGUAUAUGUUACGGUAUAUUUUUUUCCCGAGCACUAACACCGUUUUUACCAUAGGGGCACACGGGGCCCGUGCCCAGGGCCCCCAUCCUCAGGGGGCCCCGAAGGAUAGACAUUAGCAUUAUAUUUGAUUACAUAUAAAAAAUAGAAGAUCAUAGUAGAAAAAUGUUAGUUUAAUUUGCUUUCUCGACCGGUCUGGCCUAGUGGGUAGUGACCCUGCCUGCGAAGCCGAUGGUCCUGGGUUCGAAUCCCAGUAAGGGCAUUUAUUUGUAUAAUGAUAUAGAUAUUUGUUCCUUAGUCAUGGGUGUUUUCUAUGUAUUUAAGUAUUUAUAUAUUAUAUAUAUCGUUAUCGUUGUCCACAACACAAGCCUUCUUGAGCUUACUGUGGGACUUAGUCAAUCUGUGUAAGAAUGUCCUAUAAUAUUUAUUAUUAUUUAUUUAUUUCUUUACUUUCCAAAAGGGCCCCAAAGUCUUAUGUGCCCAAGGGCCCCAGCAUAGUUUAAGACGGCCCUGCUGACAGUUAUAGUUUUUUGGUCAAAUAGUGUAAUAGUACAUCCUUUCCAUGGAAAAUCGUCUAAAGACGAUUGUUCUCAGGUAUCGCUCAACGCAUAAUAUACUCGAUUAUUUUUAAGAAUGGCUUACUAGUCACACAUUCACUGCCAGCGACCCGCCACGCGGGUUCUCUGUUUGUAGGCGCUUUUCGCUAAAAAGCGGAAAAAUGAGCUAUCGGUUAUAAGCGUAGCGCGUAGCUCGCGCUGGCAGUGAAUGCGGCAAUGAUGCUGCGCUGUUAUCCUAUAGAGAAAUGUCAAACAUUACAUAUAUUUAGGUUAAGUAACAUUACAAUUUUAACCCAGCAAAACGUGAUGCAAACGCAACGCAACAUUAAAGUUUUCUGACCGAAACCGAACCUUUGGCCGAAGCAUACAUAUAUGAUUUUUAUGCCGUAAGCUUGCCAUAGCUUGAUACGUAAUUGCGUUUGUAUUGCACUCUAUGAGCAAAGUGCUAAUAAUGCUCGACAGUCGACACACUAUUUGAUAGUUAUCUACCACCACCACAUAACAAAUGUGACCUGUAGCCGCUAGGCGGCACCACUGUCGCUAUAUAUAUGUCGUUAUACCUGGUUUCGGACUAGGAUAUUAGUUGAUCCAUUCAACUAAAAAUAUCAAGCAAGUGUGCAUAUAAACAAUGUAGUUUGCUUUAUUAAAAAAUAUAUUUUCUGAUAAAUAAAUUUUAUGACGCUUA